UCGCCGGUUUUGAAGAGCCGGCUGUGGCGGCGGCAACAUGGCGGACGUGCUAAGUGUUGGUGUCAACCUGGAGGCCUUUGCCCAGGCCAUUAGUGCCAUUCAGGCCCUCCGCUCUAGCGUGAGCAGGGUGUUCGACUGCCUGAAGGAUGGCAUGCGGAACAAAGAGACGCUGGAGGGCCGGGAGAAGGCCUUCAUUGCGCACUUCCAGGACAACUUGCAUUCGGUCAACCGGGACCUCAAUGAGCUGGAACGUCUGAGCAACCUGGUGGGCAAGCCUUCUGAGAACCAUCCUCUCCAUAACAGCGGGCUGUUAAGUCUGGAUCCCGUGCAGGACAAAACCCCUCUGUACAGUCAGCUCCUCCAGGCAUACAAAUGGUCAAACAAGUUGCAGUACCACGCAGGUCUGGCAUCUGGCCUUUUGAAUCAACAGUCGUUGAAACGUUCCGCUAACCAAAUGGGAGUGUCUGCUAAACGUAGACCAAAGGCUCAACCCACGACUCUCGUCUUACCGCCUCAAUACGUUGACGACGUGAUCAGCCGCAUCGACCGGAUGUUCCCUGAAAUGACCAUCCACUUGUCCAGACCCAAUGGAACAUCCGCCAUGCUUCUGGUGACCUUAGGAAAGGUGUUGAAAGUGAUUGUCGUCAUGCGGAGCCUGUUCAUUGAUCGAACGAUAGUGAAGGGGUAUAAUGAAAACGUCUACACAGAAGAUGGCAAGCUUGAUAUAUGGUCCAAAUCCAACUAUCAAGUGUUCCAGAAGGAGCUGGUUGAAAAGCAUUCUGAGGAGAAAGAACGCUGCUUGUUAUCUGUAUCUUGUUUCCCUCUCACAGUGAGGAACAUUAAAAUGGUUUGGAUUUGUUUUGUUUUGUUAACCUGGUUUAUCUUCGUGUCCUCUGGUGUUGCAGUUCGUUACUUUCUGGCUCCAGGGAAGGCAGGCGAUGACUUCAGCCCCUCCACCGCCCGCCCCCCACCCCCCGGCCCCCCAGCAUCACAGACCGAUAACCUGGGAUUUUAACAAUGGUCCAAUUUCCAUUCAAAUACCCUUCAUGAGGGAGGGCCUUGCCCAGGCUUGCCUUGGCAAAUAAAUUUUUUAACGUUCUGUGUGGUAUUAAGUAUUUUUGAAUGCAAGCAGAAAGUUUAUUAGGAAGUUGUAAAAUGUGUGAAACACAGAUUUGGUGAAGCACGGGUUUAGAGAGAGAGUGCUAUAUUUAUAUUCUACUGCCCCUAAAAAUAACCUGCCAAUCGCUCUUUAUAUGUCUUUAAAACUAAAAACACGAUGCGGCAGGGUUUAAAAUUUGAUAUUAGCUAGUUGGAGAGACUCUGGCGCACCCACCACUUCCCUCCUUGUAGUUGAUGUAACCUGUUCGAAGCAGUGGAAGUGGAAGAAUUGGUAGAGAUGGGGACUUUGUCUCAGCUGGUGAAUGGCGUGCUCUGUUUGUGCAGAGCAGUCAUCCCUCCCCUCACCUGUAUUUUAACUAAAUGGACUUGACCUCUGAGACUGACCUGCACUAGAUUAUAAAGAGUGACAAUUUGGAGGCAGGAGAGAGUGCUUUCUGAUGAGAAUGAAAGGCAGGUGAUGUUAAGGUCCUUUUUCUCAUUUCAGGGGCAGGUAAUAGUUACUGGAUUACAGAAUCCACUCCCUUCCCUCCUGAAGCAUUGUCUCUUUGCUGUCAAAUGAAGAAAUAUAUUGGAAAAUGACGUAGCACAGAAUUGAGUUGAAUCCUUUAUCAUCAUAGUCGCGUGGCAGGGCGUCGGGAUCUUGUUCUCUUGGGAGACGCUGGUGAAGAGGAUGAGGAAUGUGUAGUGUGGAAUCACGGCGGGGCAGGGUUGUGACCGCACUGGGCUUACUUCAUUGUGCUCAUCUCAGGCCGUGUUGGAGGUCGGAGGCCAGCCCUAUCUAUGCCACAACCAGACCACUCACUGAAAGCAAGGCCGGGGCCAUAUGUUCCCUGCAGAUUCUGAAGGCCGGGUCCAGUUGACGGGAUGUUCAGCGUUUCAAACUCAACAUGCCAAAGGAAGAGAUGACAUGGCAGCAUUUCCCAACUCAGCUUUUUAGUAUCAGCUUUUUCUUAGAAUUCUGUUUUCUUCCUGUCUGCCCACUUAAAGUCUAGGUGUCCUGAUUGAUGUUUCUUGUAGUGUUUCCCAGAAAGACACUGCUGGGGAUCGCAGUGGUGAGCCUUCCCUUCUGCCCAUCAUCCACCCGCUGACGCCCACCCAGCAGCCCGACCAGGGGAGACUCACUGAGCAACCCUGAUCCAGGAAGAUUGACCUGGAACAGAAGUCAAAGUGACUGAGAAAGUGCGAGGUCAGGGAGGAUCCUUGGUCACCAGCGAGAAGGCAUUUCUCGGGCAGGAAUGUGUCCUCACCGUGUAGGUAGAUGGCGGAGCUGAGCCCCGGCACUGAGACGGGGACACUGGCUGCCAGAAUGGCUGUCCGGGCAUCGCUUGGGGAGCACUCUCUGCAUUGCCCUGGGGUCGAGCCCUAGCACUCCCUUUCCUAGGCAGUCAUUAUGUGGUUGCAGUUGCUGCGAAUCGUGUGUGUUUUCUUGCCCACAAGUAGCAGCGGUGGCCACUGCAGAGAGACCCGACGGGAAGGCGGAAAGCCCUCCCAGGUCUUUCCCUGCAAAGUGACAAAGCUGGGGCUGGGAGGGGGCAUUGACUCACAGAGCCAUGCCAAGCUCACAGUUGCCUUUUUAUUUCUGGAAACUCAUACCUGUCAAAUUCUCCUCAGUGUGAUCCUGGCUCCCCAGGUUAAAGACGAGCACGCAAGGUACCAAGGUAAAUCCGACCCCCGGAAGCUAGCAUGACCUGCCUUUUGUCUGCUACAGGGCCUGUCGGCGAGCCCUUUCCCUCGUCCUCAUUAGCCCCCUUCCCCGGUGGUGGGGCGCAAUGGAAGGCCAGGGACAGCUGGCCGUGGGUCCGCGGCUGCCAACAGGCCCCCGUCAUUUACCGCGGUGCCCCGGAGGCGCUGUGCACUCGGUCCUGGGGCGAAGGAGCUUUUUAUAGCCGGCAAGUCUCCAGCAGAGCAGAUUCAGAGAAUGGAGCUUGGAAAUAGGGGGGACCGUCUAAAAGGGCAGAAUCACAAAGAGCUGGGAAAGGUUUCAAGCGUGUUUGGAUUUUUCUGACAUUUAAACUCUGCAGGGGCACUCACUGUUUUGAUCUUUAACCUCCUCUCUUCAAAACAGUGGGCAUUUUCAUCCAGUAACUUGGGAAGAGCGGGAGCAACUCUGCAGCUACUUAGCGAGUUAAAUCCUGGCAGGGAGGCCAGAGAGACGGGGAGGGCUCUCAGCCCCAGGUAGGCUGGCGGGGACGAAGAGGUGGCAUCGGAGGGUCCGGCCUGCACCCCAGCCCUUUCACUCAGGGGAGAGCACAGAAGUCGCAGCCCCAGGUGUCCAGGACUGCCUUGGUCUGUAUUCUAGGGGCAGCAUAGGGAAGAGGAACCCCUUCAGUCCCUUACUGAGCUUGGCCGUGGAAGGUGGGCUGGCCGCCACUGCUUUUCCAUUCUUGGGUUCACUCAUUCGUUUGUUCACUCCCUCAUUCAGGCUUCGAUCCCAACACUGGCCUCUGUGGGGGGAGGCUUUAUCCAGGGGAAGCUUUAUUAAGUGGCUACCCAGAACUUGUCAACAGAUGAGAUUCUGUCCCAGAAAAGUCAGUUCUCUGAAAUUUCUGAGGCACUGAGCCCCUCGCAUAAACCAAGUGCCUAUUCACAUUGUUGCUCGUUGGCUAAGUCCUGGCCAGCUCUUUUGCCAGCCCAUGGACUGUAGCCCGCCAGGCUUCUCGAUCCAUGGGACUUCCCAGGCAAGAACACUGGAGUGGGUUGCCAUUUUCUCCUCCAGCCUCCCCAGAUAGCCCGUGACAAACCUAACUUGUCACCAGUUCCAAGCCCAGGAAGGGGGGCUGUCCCAACGUGGGGUGUUCCCAGAGGACAGGACUCGCCUCUUGCUUAGGGCUGUGCAUGUCUGUACCUGCUGUGGCAUCGAACAUCCCCAGAGGGGCUCAGUAAAUACUCAUUCAGUUCUUUUCAGUCUUGUGCCUUAGAAUAUCUAAGGAUCUUCCCACCAGCUCAUUCCCGUUUCCUUCCAGAAGCCCCUCUUCAGACAGCACAGAGAAGGCCCUGGAAGGUCUGUGGCUGUGGUGAGAGCCCUACCUUCUGCCAGGUCUCUGUCCUUGCUCUUGUCGGGUGUCCCGCUCAGAUGAGGCCAUCAGCAGAGGCCCUGCACCUAGAGGGGACAGCCCCCAACCCAAAAAGGGUCUCACAUUUAUAGGAAGGGCCUCUGUUUUGUCCCCUUUUCUCUUAAACGCUAACCUUUUCCAAAAGGCGAGCACGUACAAUGGACCAGAUAUGGUGGCGUUGGCGUCCCGGUUCCGUGCUUUUGUCUCUGCCUCCCAGGUGUGUCUUCGUAGUCCCAAUCGGAAAAGCCAAGGGAGCGCCUUUGGCCAGUGAAGGGCUGAGGGGCAGCUUCGUGAAGGAAGGUAGAUUCCUGCUGGUGGUCUCCGUGAGCGAUGGCAGGGUGACGCUGAAGGAGCCAAGCCUUGGGCUGUCGACAAGCUUCAGGACAGGAGAGGUGACGGACAGUUCCACGGUCAUCCCAGAGGGCAGCCCUUCCCUGAGCGGAGAGCCGGACUGCAUUGACUACACUGGGUCAGCAGAAAGAAGGGAGGAGGGGAUGCCGUUAAGUGUCAGCCCAGGGCCCUGGGAGCUGAGAACAGGCGGGGACCGGGGGGCGGGCCUUCCACUCACCCUGAGCCUUAAUCACCCCAUUGUCUCUUAAAUAUUCACAAGCUUCUAAAGCAGGAUAGGGUUGAUCACUUAUUUUCCCACCUUACUGCCUCUGCAAGGCUCCCUGCACCUCCACAGAGGGUGGUCAUGACCAAGAGCCUCCCGCAGACCCAGGCUUGAGUUACCGCGAAGCAGGAAAGCCCGCCUGCCGGCUGGAAGUGGUUUGUGGUCUCUACCAUUAGAGGAGUCGCAGAGGACUUGCUCUCAUCUCGUAGCUUCCUUCUUCCUGAGGGCUUGCCUGAGAUGCGUGUGCCCUGGGGCAGAGCCUAGCAGCUGCUUCUGGGAAGCCCGGCCUCUUGCCCUCCCCCAGACCCCUUCCCACACCCCCAGCAUGUUCCCGGCAACAUGCCUGUCCCCCCCACUGCACCACCAUGAGGCUCAGCCUCACUGGUCACGUUCCCCACCGUGACCAGUCCAGAGAGAGGCAGUCCGGCCAGGCUGCCGCGUGUUCAGACCUGGGCUGGCCACUACUCCCCGUGUGGCCUCCCUUGCCUCAGUCCCCUCAUCUGUGAAACAAAAGGCAUAAGGGUACCUGCCUCACGGAAUCGGCACCCCAAAUUACAGACCACCCCCCCAGCAGUACCCUUUGGGCAGCCCUGACGGGCUGAUGUAGAAUCACGGUCCCGGGACCUGAAACAGUGCCUUGGUGUCCUGAGAGGGCUGGUGGCCCCUCUGGCCAUCCCCUGAGAUGGGAGCGUUCCCCACCCAGCAGGGCUGCCGAGAGGCUCCCAGCGCCACGGCAGCAGAGCCGGCUCUUGGGCUCUGCAACAUCUGCUCUUUCUCCUGCGGUUGCAUCAGUUUCAUGGGGCAAGUAGGUGGUAUUGUCUGUAUUCUUGGGAGCCCAGAUGUCUUUGGAUGUGUUUCUCUAACCACCAGGCUGUUCCCGCAGAAAAUAACAUCACACCAAGUGGGUACAGAGCAAUUCAGGUGUCCUCGGGCUUGGGCUCUGCCAGCAGCCAGCAGCAGAGCCUGGUGUUUUACCAUCUGGAGAGCACUGAACUUUCUUCGUUCAGCUGAAUGAGGAGUCUUGGUUCCUUAAUCCUGGGAAAUGUGAAGGACCUUUUGCAGGGCCUCCUCUCGCCCCGCACAAGGCCCUUGUGGCGGCUGAGUCACUGUCUGACUCUGCCACCACGCGGGCUGUGCAGGUGCCUCUCUCCAUGGGAUUUCCCAGGGGGGCAUGCUGGAGUGGGAUGUCAUUGCCUUCUCCAGGGGAUCCUCCCAACCCAGGGAUCAAACCCACAUCUUCCUGCAUUGCAGGCACAUUCUUGACCCUUGAGCCGCCCAGGGAAGCUGCACGGAGCUGGUCAGGACUGGAGAGUUCCCUCGAGGCCGCCGUAGGGUUUCUGUUCACCCAGGUGUUCCUCCCCAGGCUACCCCAUGACCUCAGCUUUUCCCACCCCUGAACACCCCCCUGUUAGUCUGCUCCCCUAACCCCACCAGCCAAAAAUAAAUCCAUCGCAUCCUGCCUUCUCCAUCUCUCCUUCUCUUGGGGUCCUACCAGGUGAGUGGAGCCAGUGCAGAGCAUCGCCUGCGGCGAGGCAGGGACUUCUGGUCACAGUCGGGCAAGCACAAAACCAGAAUGUCCACAGGGUGUGCUGGGGGUGCAGGAGGGCCCGGGGUGGGGGUGGAGCCCCCUGGCCUAAAUCUCCCGGCGGGGAGAAGAAGUUAGCCAGGGCCAGGGCAUCCCAGGCUUGAGGGCAGAGCAGAGUCAGGGAAGCCGGUCUGGGAGGAGGGGUUGCCAAGGCAUCAGUGUCACUGGGGUGUGAUGUGGGGCUCAGUGGAGACAGGACCGGGCCCCUGGUCAUCGAGGACCACAUACGCGUGCUCCCGUGUCGGGAAGGCUCCUGCAGGCGGCUGCCGAGUGGCCUGGGGGAGACACGUCUGCCUCCGGAGGAUCUGCAGCCAGUCUGCUCGAAAGUCCCGGGCACUGAGGGGCUUUACUUUGGGGCAUUGGUGGCAUCCUGGCUGGGACUUCCAAGAGGGUCAGAUUGGAAACCCCUCACACCAGACAAAAACUUCUUUGUGGAAGGCCCCAGUCUACGUGCCCCAGGCCAUGUUCUGUACUUUACAAACAAGACCUCAUCCUUCUCAGACAGAACUUGAUCUCAAAGCCACAAGGAGGGGUUUUGCACAGGAUGGAGCAGUGUCCAUCUUUGCUCCCCAGUUCCCGCCCAGACAGCCCUGCCUCUAUCGGCCCCACAGCGUUGCCGGGGGACAGUUAGUUAUAAGCCCUCAUGCAGAUGGCUCCUUCAUCAGCACAGAAGGAAACAUUGAUCUUGUCUAAGUAAAUCCCUAGUCCCCUUGGACCGCGAUGCUUCCUCCUCAGGCCUCUGGGCGUGUGAACCCGUGGCACACAAAUCCAGGGUACGGAUUAGAGAUUCGAGCCAAAUGAUGAAAAUGAAACCCCAUGCUUACAGCCUCCCGGACUUCGUCCCAGCGUUGCAAGUCAGUCUCUGCACUGCUCAGCAUUGCCCCCAGCCCCCAGCACUUUCAGGACUUCAUAACUCAGUUUUAAAACAGUGAUGGUUCCUCUUUUUAUGGAAUGAGUCCUUCUGGGACUGUUUUCAAUAUUCUCCAUAAAACCAGUGCUCACCCUUGGGGCAGCUCUGCUGUCUCUCUAAACAUUUAACAUGCUCGGUUCAUUUCUUUGACUCCCAGACCCACAAAGAAUUUUCUCAUUCCACGAGAUUCCCAGUGUCCCUCUCAUUAAGGGCAGGUCUGUCUCUACCCAGCGUGGAGACCCAGACUCUUAGCCUUCAAGUGUAUCCCGCAGAUGAAAGUUUCUUUUUAUUGCUUUGAGUGGCAGAAGCAGCGUGCGCACAACAAAGUAACAAAUGUUUGGCUUUGCUGCCUGCUAGUCUGUGCUGCAGUCUGUCUGAAACCGGUGGAGAUGGGAAGAGGUUCCCAAGAACACCGCUGUGCUGAUGGUCUCCCUGGUUCUGAGCUCUUGGUAACCGGCCCAGAAUUUGAGGACCCCGUGAGGCUGACAUCCCAUCAGGACAGCAGGUGGAGGCAGGCAGGACCCGGUGCCCCUGCCGCCUGCUGGGACCAGCUUGUCUUUUCUAAAAGAACAGAGGGCUUUCAUGUCUCUCCGGUUGGCCCGAGGGCGGCGCAUGACACAAGGGCGCCCUCGGGGCGUUCAGUCUAGGCCCUGCAGCAGCGCCCACGAAAGCGAGACCUCGAGGCGCCCAGUGAUCCCCGCCUCUUUUACUGAAGGCCAGUGGGGGGAGUGAUGUGGCCAAGGUCACCCAGGUAAUUAGUGAGGAACCCAGGCCGGAGCCCUGGCCUCCCGACAGCUCCAGGUCAUCUUCCCCGCACCCCCUCGCUGCCGUUUGUUCACGGUCAUGCCGGCAUCGAGACGCUCCGCUUCACAGCGGGUGCGAGCCGGCCCUGCUGGAGCAGAGCCAGAUCUGGGUCUCUACCAGACUCUCUUAAAUAAGCAACUUCUAAACACUCGGGCACUUAACUUCUCCUGUUUAUUAAUCUUGCAGGAUGGACUUUUAAGAGGCAGAGGCCCCAGCUCCCCUGACUCAGCAGGCAAGGCCCUGGGCGUCGCGGGCUGCAUGCGGGCAGAAGCUGUGCUCUCUGUGCCGUCCGUCCACUGCCUGCCUGAGGAAGGGCUCUGCGGUGCUGGGAGCCGCUGUCCGGGGUGGGAAGUGGCCUGUUCACCUGUGGUUCCUGACUCUGCUGAAAUCAGAGUCCCCCUGGAGGAGCUUUUUAACCACACAGAGCCUGGCGCCCGGCUAGACUGCCUCCUAGAAGCUGGGGGGUGGUGCCCGGCGGCCCACCUCCCGAGUCUGAACGCCUUACUCUGCUGUAACACCAGCUGUGCCCUCUGGCCUGGAAGCCCGCACAGAGUCAGGAUGAUCCUGCAACCAUAGUGGACUCAGGAAUCCCUGAGGACAGUUCCUGGGCCACCACGAAAUACAGCACAUUCUUUUUAAAGGAGGAAACUGCUGGGGGAUGGAGGCCUGGUGCCCUCCCCGCAUCUCACUGACCCUUUCUGCGUAUCGCCCCUUUGUUCUCCCCUACGGACACCUCCCCUUUGAGCUUCCCUUGUGGCUCAGCUGGUAAAGAAUCCGCCUGCGAUGCGGAAGACCUGGGUUCAAGCCCUGGGUUGGGGAGAUCCCCUAGAGAAGGGAAAGGCUGCCCACUCCAGUAUCCAGGCCUGGAGAAUUCCAUGGACCAUAUACUUCAUGGGGUUGCAAAGAGUCAGACCAGACUGAGCGACUUUCACUUUGAUGGACAAAGAACAGAGCCUAUCUGGCCACCAUCAAACCCAGGCCCUGAGGGGCCAGCCUUCAGCAGAAAGUAGCCUAGCAGGACUUGAACCUGUUCUCCCCGCCACCCGCCCCCCCACAGCUGGAGGCGGGCACACGUGGAGGGAAGAGUGGGCUCUGAGUGCCAACACCACCCCUGCAACAGCAGCCCCCCUGCCAGACUCUGCUUUCAGUUUUCCUUGAUGCACACAGGUGCACGCCUGACUUGACACUGCUGGCUUUACCUGCCGUUUCCCCCUUCGUUCUUUCUGCAAGGCCAGGAGACUCACUCCCUCUUGAGCUCUGGGGGGUCCUGGGUGGGCCGUUGAGCGGGAAGGGCAGAAGCUCCCGGUGGGGGAGGCGGAGGGCAGCCGCGCCAGUGGGGAGAAUGUUGGUGGUGAGAGCUGAGGCGGCAUGAACAGGCUUGGGACCGAGUCCCGCCUCCAUCUGAGAGUCCUGGGCUCCACUCCCAGUGGGGGAUGGCCUUCUCUGCCUCCUGUCUGUACCCCCUACCCCGCAGGCUCUAUCCACCCCCCAACCCUGGGGCCCUGCCCUGCUGCUCAGGAGCCGCUUGGCUUGGGCACGUCACCUCCCUGUGGCUUCGCUCCCUCACUUGGAGUGGAAGUCGUCCCCUGUUCGUAGCCUCCUCCCAGGGUUGUGGGGAAGGGGAGGGUGACUCCCGCUGGGUGGGUGUCAGCCCCUUUUCACGCACUGUCCCUGUAUUGACGCAUUUAAUCCUCGUCCACAGCCACCUGGCUCCUAAGUGACAGGCACGAUCCAAAGGGGCGCAGUCAGCCCUCGCUCAGAACCGGUGCUCAGUCGCUGUCGACUCAGAGCCCUGCCCUGGCUGCAGGCGGUUCCACGUAGGGUUCAGCUGAAACAGCUCGUGACCUCCCCGGGACCCUGUCGAUGUCAGCUCUUUGCACACAAUAUGGCCAGGGAGCUUCCAGAGGCUUGUUGUGACUGGCGUCUCUUCCAGCGUGUUGACUGGCAGCUGUUCCAAGGUCUCUUGAAAGACUCCUCUCUCUCCUUCUGAGCUGAGUUCCCUGUCGGUUUGGGUGCAGGAAGACCUCUUCUGCCUCUCUGAGCCUGGGAAGGGGGGUGGUUUGUAAGCUUGAUCGGUGGAGGAAAAAACUGGGAGUCAGUUUCACAGAGCAGAGUGGGUGUGUUGGCAACAAUAGAGGCAUCACCCUCCCUGCAGUCCAGCCCGAGCCGGGGCUGGGGGUGGGGUGCACACCCCAAACUGAGCCAGAGCAUCUGCACUUUCUCUUGGCCUUGAGGAUAGAUGGGACAUCUCUUGGCAGAGUCCCUGGUGUCUGCAUACUCCUCCUUGAGGCCCUCUGUCUUUCUGUGGCGUCCUCUUCCUGCCUGUACGGUCACCCCUGCCCGCCUCCUCCCAAUCCUCUUUCCCGCUUCCCCUAUCUCCUUGGCUUAUUGUUACUUUCAUGUCGUCUCCUCCCUCCCUCUCCUUGGGUUCACCAUCUGCUUUGAUCUUUUCUGCGCUGUCUUCAAACCCGCACUCACUGGUGGGAAGAAUGGCCCCUCUCCCACGAGAGCAUUAGUGCCCUUCUGCGGCCUCCGCUGCUGGACGGGGUGGCUUUCAUCUCCCAGCGGAAUCUCAUUAGCUCGACAUCACAAUGGGACCGAGCCUCGGUGGGGUUGGCCCGGAGUCAGUUUAAAUUAGUUAAUAGCCAUCUUUGUUGCUGUUGCCCCAGGCUUGUUUUUUUCUCCCACAUCUUGGAUGCUGAGUGAAAAAAAGAAACAAAACAAUUUUGUUGUUAAAAAGUGUAAAACAAAACAAGUACUGAAGAUGGAAUGUUUUGACAAAAAGGAAGAUCAAUGCAGGUGAAUUUCUCCAGUAUCUGACGACCAUGUCAUACCCAACCGCGUUGGACUUCAGCCCUGGGAACGUGAAAACCAGGGGAGGAAAUUUGGGAGGUGUCAGGAAGGGAAAACAUAGCAAACCAGUUAGCUUUGUUUCCCUCUACUAAAAUAUUUCUGUAAUUGGAGAUGGGAAGUUGAAGAAAUUCAACGAUCGUGUCAGCGCUGGAAAAAGCUGCCACCAUUUGGCAAUGAAGAGAAUAUACUGGACCUUUUGAAAAAGAGCCUGAAUUUGGCCAAGUUGCUGACCCAGUAAUGGGAAAACUGAAUCCGUGCCCUGCCUGGGAGCCAGAUGCCAAAACAGAGCUUUGGUGUGUGACCCCAGCCAUUUCUGGAAAAGGAUGUUUUCUAGUUAGUGUGGUUUGUCCUGCUCUGGAGAAGCCUGUUAGCCCGGCAGCCACAUUUCCAGACCUAACCUGCACCUAGCAGUGGGACUCUGGCUUUCUGCAUCCUUCGCUGCGCUGGGAGGUGGUGGGCAGAUGACACUGGGGCUCGGGACAGGAGCCUCUGUGCACAGACCGCAGAGCUGGCCAGGGCGUCUCCGGAGGCAGGCGGUGUGGGCGCACACACCCAUUGCCCCUCACCAGCUGUGUUGCCUGUGAGUUUCCAUUUCUUCGUCUAUAAAGUGGACCUGGGGACCUUUCCCUGGUGGUUCAGUGACUUUGACUCUGCAUUUCCAAUGCAAGGGGCCCAGGUUUCAUCCCCGGUCAGGAAACUAGAUCCCACAUGCUGCAACUAAGAGCCA